CUAAAAUCACUAAUUCUGUUGCUUCAGCGGCCGUCUUAUGUCAACCUCAAUCGCCUCAUUGCCCAAAUCGUCUCCUCGAUAACCGCAUCGCUUCGUUUUGACGGUGCUCUCAACGUCGACUUGACCGAGUUCCAAACUAAUCUUGUACCGUAUCCACGGAUUCACUUCCCUCUCGCCACCUAUGCGCCAGUCAUAUCCGCGGAAAAAGCCUACCAUGAGCCGCUUUCCGUACAGGAUAUUACAAACAUGUGUUUCGAGCCUUGCAAUCAGAUGGUGAAAUGUGAUCCACGAACGGGAAAGUACAUGGCGGUGUGUCUACUCUAUCGUGGUGACGUGGUACCGAAGGACGUCAACGCAGCGAUCGCGUCCGUCAAGACGAGAAGAGGAAUCAGUUUGUUGACUGGUGCCCAACAGGUUUCAAGUUGGAAUCAACUACCAGCCUCCGACGGCUGUUGA